UCCCGAGCAGCAGCAGCAGCAGACAGCAGAGGAGUUUGUUCGAACAUCUUCGACUUCUCAAACCAAAAACAGUUCGGCUGCUCUGCCCGCAGACAUGCCGCGGAUUGGCCGCCGUUUGGGGGCUUUUCGUUGGAUUUAGCGCCUGAACUCCCGGAGAAGAAGAUGAUUACAUGUGGAGGGAGCAGCGCGGGAGAAAGUGUGCCUUGUUCGGAACAGAACGGCUCGAGCGCCGCGACAUAAAACAUCAAACUCGGAUCCAUGAAGGCCAGCAGCAGCCUGUAGCACUGCUCAGCUAGUCGGCUAAUGUUAGCCUGCUAGCGUUACAGGUGUUAAGGCAGCAAAUAACCAAACAUCACUUGUAGCUGUAGUUAGCUGUCAGUUAGCCGAGCUAGCAUGUUGUGACUUAAUACAUAACUUAAUGUGCCUGUUAUAAGAUUUAAAGCAAAUGCCAAGUAGCAAGUAUAACACUUAGCAACAUUGUUAUUAGCCGUUAGCUCUGUAGUUAGCCGCUGUCCCGUGUUUACAGCAGCAGAGCUAGCCUCAGUUAGCCUCCAAGCUAACGAACUUCAGAGCUACAUGUGCUUGUUUUCGUUUGGAGAUAACGACUCAUCACCGGACUCUUGCUGUGCUUUCCUGACACUUUUAAUAUUAACACGUAAGACGGGUUGACUUUUCCCACCGUGCCUGUCUGGACCGGACUGACCCGCCCACAGGGACUCUCUACCCGGGGCCGAUGCUGACAGUCCAGCCCGGAGGAGCCGCUCCAGCAUGCAGCCUCAGCAGAUCUACGACUUCUCCAGUGAAGAGAACAGCCACAAAUGGAGAGGCCUGUUCGUGCAAGCUCUACGGAAGGUGCAGAAGCAGGUCCACCCUAACCUCCUGGCUAAGGAGGACGCCCUGCAGCACAUCGAGGAGUUGAUCUUGCAGCUGCUCAACAUGCUGUGUGUGGCCCAGCCUCGCUCCGUGCAGGACGUGGAGGAACGCGUCCAGAAAACCUUCCCACACCCGAUAGAUAAGUGGGCGAUCGCCGACGCUCAGUCAGCCAUCGAGAAACGCAAGAGGAGAAACCCCUUACUGCUCCCCGUGGACAAGAUCCACCCCCUGCUCAAGGAAGUGUUGGGCUACAAAGUGGACUACCACGUCUCGCUGUACAUCGUGGCGGUGCUCGAGUACAUAUCAGCCGACAUUCUCAAACUGGCGGGAAACUAUGUGGGCAACAUUCGUCACUAUGAGAUCAGCCAGCAGGACAUCAAGGUGUCCAUGUGCGCAGACAAGGUGCUCAUGGACAUGUUCGACCAGGAGGAGGAUAUCGGUCUGAUGUCUCAGUGCACGGACGAGCCGUCGUCCUCCGGCGAGCUCACGUACGACGACCUGGUGAGGCUGGAGAUCGCCGAGGAGCGCCAGUACCUGCGAGAGCUCGACCUCAUCAUCAAAGUGUUUCGCCAUCACUUCCUGUCCAACACCAAGAUCUUCACGCCUCAGGACGUGGAGGUGAUCUUCAGUAACAUCCUGGACAUCCACGAGCUGACGGUGAAGCUGCUCGGGCUGAUCGAGGACGCCGUGGAGAUGACGGCGGAUGGCAGCCCUCAUCCUCUGGUGGGCAGCUGCUUCGAGGAUCUCGCAGAGGAGCAGGCGUUCGACCCCUAUGAGACUCUGUCCCAGGACAUUCUCAGUAAAGAUUUCCACAAGCACUUCAACAACCUGAUGGCCCGACCAACCGCCGGCCUCUACUUCCAGUCGGUGGCUGAAGGCUUCAAAGAAGCCGUCCAGUACGUCCUCCCACAGCUCAUGAUGGUCCCAGUUUACCACUGUAUGCACUACUUCGAGCUCCUGCAGCAGCUUCAGGAGCGCAGUGACGACCAGGAUGACCGUGAGUGUCUGAAGCAGGCGAUCACGGCGUUGUUAAACCUUCAAUGUAGCGUGGAGCGAAUCUAUGCCAAACAGCCUCGCCGUAAACCCGGCGAGCCCAUGUACCGCCUCUACAGCAGACAGGUUCGGAGCAAACAGCUCGCCAUCAAACGCAUGAACGAGAUCCAGAAGAGCAUCGACGGCUGGGAGGGCAAAGACAUCGGGCAGUGCUGCAGCGAGUUCAUCCUGGAGGGGCCGCUGCUACGAGCCGGCGCCAAACACGAGAGACACAACUUCCUGUUUGACGGCCUGAUGAUCAGCUGUAAGGCCAAUCAGAGCUCGCGGCUCCCUGGGUCGGGAAGCGGCGCCGAGUACCGUCUGAAGGAGAAGUUCGUGCUGAGGAAGAUCCGCAUCGUGGACCGCGAGGAUUCGGCGGAGCUGCGGCACCCGUUCGAGCUGAUCGGGAAAGACGAGAACUGCGCCGUGUUCUCCGCACGCACCGCGGAGGAGAAGGCUGCGUGGAUGGCGGCGCUGGUCACUCUGCAGUACCGCUCCACUUUGGACCGUAUGUUAGACACGGUACUGCAGCACGAGGAGCGGGCGCACCCUCUCAGGCUGCCCUCGCCCGAUGUUUACCGCUUCGCCGUGCAGGACUCUGAAGAGAACAUCGUGUUGGAGGACAAAGUGCAGAGCAAGACGGGAAUCCCGCUGAUCAAGGCGGGAACCGUCGUCAAACUGAUCGAGAGGCUCACCUACCACAUGUAUGCAGAUCCAAACUUCGUCCGUACCUUUCUCACCACGUAUCGAUCCUUCUGCAAACCUCAGGAGCUCCUCGCGCUGCUCAUCGACAGGAUCGAGAUCCCAGAGCCUGAACCCACAGAGGAGGACCGCCAGGCGCUCUGGAAUGGAGACCAGCCGAUGGCGGCCGAGCUGCAGAGGUUCAGGAAGGAGUACGUGCAGCCGGUCCAGCUCAGGGUUCUCAACGUUUUCCGUCAGUGGGUGGAGCAUCAUUUCUACGACUUUGAGAACGAUCCAGAACUGAGGAGUCGAUUAGAGGAAUACAUCAGCAGCAAGAUCCAGCUGAGAGGAAAGUCCAUGAGGAAGUGGGUGGAGUCAAUCAAUAAGAUCAUCAAGAGGAAGCUGCAGACGCAGUCUAACGGGGUCAGUCACAACAUCACCUUCGAGAGCCCGCCUCCUCCCAUCGAGUGGCACAUCUGCAGAGUGGUGGACUCCUUUGACCUCAUGACCCUCCACCCCAUCGAGAUCGCCCGCCAGCUGACGCUGCUCGAAUCUGAGCUCUACAGAGCCGUGCGUCCGUCUGAGCUGGUUGGCAGCGUCUGGACCAAAGAGGACAAAGAGAAGAACUCUCCCAACCUGCUGCGCAUGAUCCGACACACCACCAACCUCACGCUGUGGUUCGAGAAGUGUAUCGUAGAGACCAUGAACCUGGAGGAGCGGGUGGCCGUGCUCUCCCGGGUCAUCGAGAUCCUGCAGGUUUUCCAGGAGCUCAACAACUUUAACGGCGUGCUGGAAGUGGUCAGCGCCAUCAACUCUGUCCCCGUCUACCGGCUCGACCACACCUUCGAGGCCAUACCAGAGAGGAAGAAGAGAAUCCUGGAGGAAGCUGUGGAUCUGAGUCAGGACCACUUUAAGAAAUAUUUGGCUAAGCUCAAAUCCAUCAACCCGCCGUGCGUGCCUUUCUUUGGUAUCUAUUUAACCAACAUCCUGAAGACGGAGGAGGGAAACCCCGACUUCCUGAAACGCCACGAGAAAGAGCUGAUCAACUUCAGCAAGAGGAGGAAAGUGGCUGAGAUCACGGGCGAGAUCCAGCAGUACCAGAACCAGCCGUACUGUCUGAAGGUGGAGCACGAGAUCAGGAGGUUCUUCGAGAACCUGAACCCGAUGGGCAGCCGGGGCGAGAAGGACUUUUCAGACUACCUGUUUGAAAUGUCUCUGGACAUCGAGCCACGCAACUGCAAGCAGGCUCCUCGCUUUCCCAGGAAGACCCUCUACACUCUGAAGUCCCCGGGAAUCCGGCCCGUACGAACAUCUACCUCUGGCACCCUGAAGGGCCACCCCGUCCCGCUGGAGAGGGAGCCUCCUCACAAAAUCACCUUCAGGAGCAUCGCCGAGACCGAGCCCGAGACCCCCGCUUCUGUCUCGGUGCCCACCUCUCCAAACACCCCGACCCCCCCUCAGUCCGCCUCCUCCGACCUCAGCUCAGUGUUCAUGGAUCACGACCUCAGCAGCUCGUACGGCGGGAGUAACUCCAUAUUCGCUCCUGUUCUUCUGCCUCCUUCCAAGUUUCAGUCGGUGUCUUGCGGCAGCCUCCACCAGCUCGGGGAGGAGCUGCUGAAGCCGCCUCCUCUGCCGCCACGAAGGAAAGACGCCAUGUCUGAAUCCAAACUCAGCUCCAGGUCCAACAGCCCCCCGGCCAUCCCGCCCCGACUGCCCCCUCCUCUGCCCAGAAUCCAGCCUCGAUCGCUGGUCUACAACGGCCCCCCAAUGGACGGCCCCCUGCCCAGCCCCCCUCCCCCUCCCCCCAGAGACCCUAUGCCCGACACACCUCCCCCGGUGCCUCAGCGGCCCCCGGAGAUUUUCAUCAACUACCCCCUCAACCUGCAGCCUUCCCCAGUGGGCCGAUACCACUGGGACUUCAGCAGCUCCCCCAGCUCCCCCAACACCCCGCCCAGCACGCCGUCGCCUCGCGUCCCCCGCCGGACCUGCCCGCUCAGCGCCAGCCAGAACAGCCUCUGCCCUCUUCCUGUCCCCAUCACCGCUCCGCCCGUCCCCCCGCGCCACAACUCCAGCCCACAACUCCCCAAACUCCCACCAAAGACAUACAAAAGGGAGCUGCUGCAGCCGCCGCUACAAGGCCUCUCAUUGGUGGAGAACAGCGACAGCAGCCAGUGAGUCUGCGUUACUUUAAACUAGGACACAGUGGACUGAACAGAUCAGAGAAACUGCUCCACAUGCCCCCCUGGCUCGCCCUCCGUAUCGACCAAUCACCUCCCUCCGCUGUGCCUCUCAGGGGAUCAGUAGCUCCACCUUCAUCUGAAACCCUCUGUGCCAAUGAGAAACCCACACCGGUGUGCCAGCGUGUUUGUGUGGAGUACGGAGCGGGGUCAAAGUUCUCACCCCUCACUCUCUCUGCCCCGCCUACUGGCCCCUCCUCUUUUUGGAAGGGGUAGAAAGUGGGCAGGGCCUUGGAAUUUGUAGCCUGAACUGUCGAGCUUUAGUUUGUGUGAGCUCACUGACCUUCAGCUCUCACUUUGUGUGUGAGCAGCAGACGUUUGCCAAAGUCUUAUUUUAUGCAGGGGGACGAGGGAUUUUCUUUUUUAAACACUUUAAAAGAAAGGCAUCACCCCCCCUCCCCCCCUCCUCCUCGCCCCCCCGCCUUGUAUCUCAUGUGAACACUGUGACUUUAAGACAUGAGUCAGGCCUCUCUGCAGACACUGAAGUUGCCUUAUCCGCUCCUCCCCGGACACACAGAGCCCAGAACACUCCAUUUGCACAUCGAGUUUGGACAAAGUGAGAGACCGGCGUUUCGACAGAGGGAGGACGCCACGGUUUCAAACAGCACGGGUCGAGGAUGAAGACACAGAGACAAAAAACACUUUUUCUUGGUCCUGAUGUCUUAAAGGAUCCGGGCUGUCUGGACACUGUGCGACCAACUCUUCUUUAGUAUUCAAACUCCCACCACAGCUGGGUCGGCUCCCCCUAGUGGCUGCUCCAGAUACCUUAAAUCACCCCUGAAAAGGAGGGUUUUGUUGAAGUUUGACUCACAUUUCUGUUUCCUGCUUGAAAACAUUUAGUUUGAAAGACUGAAAUAACCCUCCUGCUUCACGCUCAGAUGUGCCUUUUAUUUUGUUUUCUACUUUACAGAAAUAAGCAAACUAAAAAAUCAAGUUGUCUAUGUAAUGUUUAGAACAAAGCUAUACACUAUGAACCUGUACAUGUUUGUGGAUACUGUGUAUAUAUAACAUGUAUACACUAACGUAAUCAUUUGUAUAAAGUGACAAAGGUUUUCUCCCC